AUGCAAAGUUGUGAAAUUUCCUCAGACAGCACUGAUGAUCCUCUUAGUAGUGGCCUACGCAGCCAUCCACAGCCUCGAAUAGUAGUUAUCGGCGCGGGCUUGGCCGGCCUGUCUGCGACCAAGGUCCUACUACAGCACGGUUUCACAGAUGUAACCCUCCUCGAAGCGGCAGACCACAUCGGGGGCAGAGUUCUAAGUGUCCCCAACGGAAAGUCGACUUUAGAGCUCGGAGCCACCUGGAUACAUGGGGCAAAUGGAAACCCAGUGUACCACCUGGCGGAGGACAAUGGGCUGCUGGAGCACACCACGGACGAGGAGAGGAGUGUGGGGCGGAUCAGCCUGUACACCAAGAGCGGCGUGGCACACUACCAAACCAAUGCCGGCAAGAGGAUCCCCAAGGACCUGGUGGAGGAGUUCAGCGACGUGUACAGCCAGGUGUACGAGCUGACACAGGAGUUCUUCCAGAGGGGGAAGCCUGUGUGCGCUGAGAGCCAGAACAGUGUGGGCGUCUUCACACGGGACGUGGUGCGCAAAAGGAUCAUGCUGGAUCCUGAUGAUUCAGAGAGCACCAAGAGGCUCAAGCUGUCUAUGCUGCAGCAGCACCUCAAGGUGGAGAGCUGUGAGAGUGGCUCUCCCAGUAUGGAUGAGGUGUCCCUCAGUGAGUUUGGGGAGUGGACAGCCAUCCCUGGAGCACACCAUGUCAUUCCUGGAGGAUUUAUGAAGAUAGUGGAGGUCCUGGCUCAGGACAUCCCAUCCAACACUAUCACACUAAAGAAACCUGUGCGUUGUAUCCACUGGAACUACUCCGCAGAACAACCGGAGGUGAUCACCAACCAGAACAACAAUCACAACGACAACAGCCACCAGCCCCAGGACGCUCUCAUCCUGGGACACCCCAUCUCUGUGGAGUGUGAGGAUGAAGAGUGGAUCCCAGCGGAUCACGUGAUCAUCACUGCCUCUUUGGGCGUCCUGAAGAAGAACCAUGAAGUCAUGUUUUCUCCUACUCUCCCUGAAGAGAAAGUGUUGGCAAUUGAGAAGCUCGGCAUCAGCACCACCAAUAAGAUCUUCUUAGAGUAUGCUGAGCCCUUUUGGAGCCCAGAGUGCAACAGUAUUCAGUUUGUGUGGGAGGACGAGGCUCAUCUGGAGCAGUUGGUUUACCCUGAGGAGCAGUGGUAUAAGAAGAUCUGCAGCUUUGAUGUGCUAUAUCCCCCCGAGCGCUACGGCUACAUGCUGAGCGGCUGGAUCUGUGGACAGGAGGCCCUCUUCAUGGAGCGCUGUGAUGACGAAACUGUGGCGGAGACCUGCACUGAACUGUUCAGGCGGUUUACAGGGAACCCCGACAUUCCAAAACCUCUGCGUGUGCUGCGCUCGUCGUGGGGCAGUAACCCGUACAUCAGGGGCUCCUACUCCUUCACCAGGGUGGGCUCCAGUGGUGGAGACUGCGAGCGGCUGGCCAUGCCACUGCCUUAUGCCAACAGCACCAAGGCCGCGCCAUUACAGGUCCUGUUUGCUGGAGAGGCCACCCACCGCAAAUACUAUUCCACUACCCAUGGUGCUUUGCUGUCAGGCCAGAGGGAAGCAAAGCGCCUGAUAGAGCGGUACCAGGACUUGCACAAAGACAAAACCACAAAGCCUGAAGUGUAA